AUGGUCGGACUUGGCCCUAAACAACCACCCUCCCGCAAGGGGUCCAUGCAGGAGCUGCCCCAGGACCUUCUGGGGCCCAUCCAGAAAUUCGAGAAGGAAUUCACCGUCGAUAAGGAGAGACUGAAGAAGAUCGUGAACCACUUCGUGAAGGAGCUCGAGAAGGGUUUGACCGUUGAGGGCGGCAACAUUCCCAUGAAUGUUACCUGGGUUAUGGGAUUCCCCGACGGCCAUGAACAGGGAACCUACCUUGCCCUCGAUAUGGGCGGCACCAACCUGCGUGUCUGCGAGAUUACCUUGACCGAGGAGAAGGGCGCUUUCGAUAUCACACAAUCCAAAUACAAGAUGCCGGAGGAGCUCCGGACUGGUACCGCCGAGGAGUUGUGGGAGUAUAUCGCCGACUGCUUGCAGCAGUUCAUCGAGACCCACCAUCAAGAGAAGAGCAUUGGCAAGAUCCCUCUGGGUUUCACUUUCUCCUACCCUGCUACUCAGGAGUACAUCGACCACGGUAUUCUGCAGCGCUGGACCAAGGGCUUCGACAUUGAUGGUGUUGAGGGCGAGGAUGUUGUUCCCCCUCUGGAGGAGAUCCUGAAGAAGCGGGGCCUCCCCAUUAAAGUGGCCGCCCUUAUUAACGACACCACCGGUACGCUCAUUGCCUCUGCUUACACCGACUCCGAUAUGAAGAUUGGCUGUAUCUUCGGUACCGGUGUCAACGCCGCAUACAUGGAGAAUGUUGGCUCCGUGCCCAAACUGGCUCACAUGAACCUGCCCGCCGACAUGCCCGUGGCUAUUAACUGCGAGUACGGUGCAUUCGAUAACGAGCACAUCGUGCUCCCUCUGACUAAAUAUGACGAGAUCAUUGACCGUGACUCUCCCCGCCCCGGUCAGCAGGCCUUCGAGAAGAUGACCGCUGGUCUUUACCUUGGCGAGAUCUUCCGUCUUGCCCUUAUUGACUUGAUCGACAACCACUCCGGCCUUAUCUUCAAGGGCCAGGACAUCUCCAAGCUGCGCAAGCCCUACCUGCUGGACGCCUCCUUCCUUGCCGCCAUAGAGGAGGACCCCUUCGAGAACCUGUCCAACACCUUGGACCUCUUCAGCAAAGAACUGGGCAUCAACACCACAGAGCCCGAGCGUGUACUGGCCCGCCGUCUCUCCGAGCUCAUCGGUACCCGUGCCGCUCGCUUGUCCGCCUGCGGUGUUGCCGCUAUCUGCACCAAGAAGAACAUUGACUCCUGCCACGUCGGUGCCGACGGCUCCGUCUUCACCAAGUACCCCCACUUCAAGGCGCGUGGUGCCCAGGCCUUGAGAGAGAUUCUCGACUGGCCCGCCGGUGUGACCGACAAGAUCGAUAUCCUGGCUGCUGAGGAUGGUUCCGGUGUAGGUGCCGCUUUGAUUGCUGCCCUAACUCUCAAGCGUGUCAAGGCCGGCAACCUGGCCGGUAUCCGCAACAUGGAUGACAUGAAGACCCUACUGUAA